AAUCAAUUGCACAUAAUGCAUAUUUCAUACAUUUUACUGCUUGCCUGUGUUUUGGGUCUGGCUCAAGCUGGAACCUGGAGAAAGUCACAGGACUCCAGUUUAAAUGAUGAGGAAUCUCGAGCCAGCUGGACUCACAAGCAAUCAGAUAUGUGGCCCCGUGAUGUGGCUGAUUUUCCCGAAGCCAAUUUGCUCAUCCACAAAGUUGAGAAACGUUUGGAACGUGUUCACAAUAACGACCAACUCAAAAGUCAAGUUGUCGACUAUGUUGUUAACCAGUUGAGGCAGUGCAAAACGGGCAAUGAAAUGGACGAGCAUUGUGUGAAGCGUUCAAUUGGAUAUGCCAUGUCCUUCAUCAAUCGCCAUCAAUAUGAAUAGCUAUAAUACAAAAGAAGUAUUAUAUAUACGCAUAAUAAAUGCAAAUCAAACAAAAACAAGAACAUUGUAUAAAUAUAUAUCAAA